AUGGUGCACGUCACUUUCCAGCUGGCGCACGUUACAGUUCCUGUUUCACUGCACUCUCAUGCAUGCAAUGUUCCAACCCUCACCGGACCAAAUUUUUCGGAAUGGUCUGAGCAUAUUCAGUUCACACUGGGUGUAUUGGACCUUGAUAUGGCAUUACUUGUUGAAAAACCUCCGGACAUUAUUGAUGAGAGUUUCGAGGAACAAGUGUUCAAUUUCAAUUCAUGGGAAAGAAUAUAUACUAAUGCACUAGAAUACUUAAAGGCUGUGGAAGUUCAUUUUAAAUCUGCUGAUAAGUCACUCGCUGGCACAAUUAUGGCUGAAUUAACCACCAUGAAAUAUGAUGGUAGUCGUGGAGUUCAAGAGCACAUCUUGAAUAUGUCUGACAAAGCUGCAAAGCUUGCAACCUUGGGAAUGAAAGUGGAUGAGUCCUUCCUUGUUCAGUUUAUACUCAACUCACUUCCAGCAUAG